UUUCUCCUCCUUCUACUUCAUCUCUUUCUCACUAUCCAAAGAAGUCAUAUCUUUUUGUUACUUAGACUUCACUCAAAGAAAGAAAAAGUAGUUUUAUCUUUUGGGUUUAUCCUCUAUUACUACUGAAAGUUAACACUCUUUCUCUCGUAAGAACUAUUAUUAUAGUUAGUCAAAAACCCAUUUUUCUCAUCUGUUUCUUGAAUCCAAACCUGCUCUGCACUACCAAACACCGACAAAAAGAAAAGAAACUUCUUUCGAAAGAAAACAGAAACAUACUCAAAUAUUUCCACUUACCUCAUGGGCUUCUCAGAAAACUCAUAAAAACCUUUUCUUUUCACUCAUAUCAAACAGUCAUGGAAGAUUCUGUAAGUAAAGAGCGUGACAAAAGAAGAAGAAGAAGAGGAAGACGAGCAGCCACCUCCACCAUGUUCUUGUGGGGAAUCUUGUUCUUUGCUCAGUUUUGUUUGUCUUCAUCAGCUCUUUCCCCUGAUCAGUAUAAUCACCAAUCAUACCCUUCACCAAGGAAAGCUGGGCCUUUCCACAAAACGGCCUCGUUUCAGUCCCCUAGAGCUAGAGCCUCUGUGACGUUCAUGGGUCCACGUCGAGAAGAAGAAAACAUAGAUGAUGUUUAUAAUGACGACAAGAGACUAGUUCACACAGGUCCUAAUCCUCUUCACAACUAAAAACUAGUUAGCAUCACGUGUCUGUCUUUGAGCAAUGCCCUUGAGAUCGUGUAAUAUCUGCUUUAAAAUGUCUCGUUACUUCGGUAGAGUUUUUAAAAUGUAAUUUUAUGAGAUAUAUAGAUCAUUAUUGUUAGCCUUCUUGUCCCUUAUGCUAAGAAGUAAUGAUCUUGUGUUCUCUUUAUUGUAACUCUUUUGCUUCAAUGGUAACCAUCGACCUUCA